AUGCCUCGUAGGAUUCAAACAGAGGUACAUUCAAGCGUCUCUAGACUUUUAAGGGGUAACUACUUACAGCAGCCGCCUGCCUGGUAUGCGCCCGUCCUGAGAAAUCUUCCUUCCCUGCCGCCUAUGCACGCAACCGUGGAGAGGGAAGACAUUCUCAAGCAGGAUAAGCCUUUCAUUAGUGGUAGUAGAAAUACUUCAAAGCGAAAGCUCCCAAAUUGGCGUGAGGAUAGGAAACCUCAAAAAAUCGUUUAUCCAGUUGACAAGAUUAGACGGCAAUUCUAUGAGGAUUUCCCAUUUGAAUCAUUUAGAUCAAGAUCUUUAACUGAGUCGUAUCAGGUUUCAGAUGAUCGUUACGAAACUCUUUGCGCUUCCCCAAAUGGCUGGUCUUCUCUUAAGCAACUGACUAUAAAUCCACAGCCAGAGGAUGCGAUCAAAUUCUGCUUGCAUCUUCACAACAAUCACAAUAUAUCUCUCUCCUUAGCUUAUAUUCACGCUACAAACCAAUUUUCGGCACUUAAGGCUGAAUUGGAGGUUCAAAAACAAGCUGCAAUUGAAGAGGCUGCUGCAUAUGGAGCUUCAUUUGCCCCAACUGAGAUAGAAAGAGGUUACGAACUUGAAGAAAGAUUCUUAAACUCU